AUCUAGAGGUGUAUUACAUUAAAUAGAAUUAAUUGUUAGUUAAAAUUAUAUCAAAUUAUUUUACUAUUAUUUUUUAGUUACUGGGUAUAAAAGUUCUUUUAAUAUAUGUUUAUUGAAUUAGCAACCCACAUUUCUAUUGAUGUUCUUUGAAGAAAAGAGUUGUGUAUAUUUGUUUGUUCUAUAUGCUUUUACAUCAUAAGUCGGAGAGUAAAUGAGACAGCUCCAAUGUCAGUUUGGAUAUUUUAGGAGCAAUAGCAACGAUACGUUGUAGUAAUAUGAAUUAUAGAUUUUCUGCCGACCUUGAAAAUCCAGUACCUUGAACAAAGUUUGAGGGAAAAGCUAUUCAGUGUAAUGGCAACACUUAUAUUAAGCAAAUAGGUUUAUUGGCACAACUGUUUUUGCUGAGAAUGAAUUAUUAUUACAAUAAUCGACUAAUUAUUGCUAACCGAGGUUAAGAUCAAUAGCUAUAAGGUUUAGUUAAUCGAUUAUUUAAAAUAUAAUAAUCGAUUGAAAACAAUACUUUCAUUAUCGAUAUUUUUUUGCAUCUCUAGAUGACAUUGACUGGAUGGGUGACAGUUGGAGGAUGGGUAGUGAUUUUUCAAUAACCUGAAAAAAAGUAUAUUUAUACAACUUAACAAUUUAGAUUAUAAGAUUAUUACGAUUAUAACGGAGUUGAGUUGAUAUUUGAACAUUUCCAAUAAACAAACUCAAACGAAGAAGUGACUCUGGGGCCACAAAAUAUAAUAAAUUCAUAAAAAUGGCUUCUCCUCUUGAACAGUUUGUAAACAAUGUUCGAACUUUGUCAGCGUCAGGUAGUUUUCGUGAGUUAUGUGAUAUAAUUGGAAAAUCCGAUGAGGUCUUACAGCGUAACAGUGCCCACCUCAAUACCGUUUUGGAGACACUUGAUAUUCAACAGCAUUCAUUAGGAGUUCUAGCUGUUUUAGUGGCGAAGUUCUCUCUGCCGCAGGGCACAAAUGAUAUUGAUAGAACAAUAAUGUUCCAACAAGUUCAGGACUUCAUAAACAAUUGUAAUGGCGAGCAAGUACGGUUUUCACCAGACUUAUAUGCCAAUCUGUGCCAUCUUUUGACUGACCAUCUGGUAGAAAUUAAACAACCCAUCAGAGGAAUAGAAAUAUUAAAAAAAGCUAUUAGGAAAAUACAAUUGUUUGAUUCUCAACUAACAUCGAUUCAUGCAGAUAUCUGCCAGCUAUGUCUACUCUCAAAAUGUAUGAAGCCAGCUAUAGAAUUUCUAGAUACAGAUGUUACAGGAAUUGGAUCUGAGUUGGGUGGAAAUAAUGAUUCUAAACAUUUUCUUUUGUAUUACUACUAUGGAGGAAUGAUUUAUACGGCCAUGAAGAAUUAUGAUAGAGCUUUGUACUUCUUUGAAGUUGUGGUAACUGUUCCUGCUAUGGUGGUGUCACACAUUAUGCUAGAAGCUUAUAAAAAGUAUAUUUUGGUGUCUUUCAUUCUUCACGGAAAGAUUUUACCCAUGCCCAAAUAUGUGUCCCAAGUAGUAUGCCGAUUUUUAAAACCGCUAUCUGUUGCUUAUCAUGAACUGGCUACAUCUCAGCAUGCGGCUAUAAAGCACAGAGAGUCUUUUGUCAGAGAUAAGAAUAUGGGAUUGGUUAAUCAGGUUUUGAGUUCUAUGUAUAAGAAGAAUAUUCAGCGGCUUACCAAGACAUUUUUGACUCUUUCAUUGAGUGAUGUUGCAUCUCGUGUACAAUUGUCUGGUCCAGCUCAAGCAGAAUCCUACAUCCUCAACAUGAUUGAAGAAGGUGAAAUAUAUGCAAUGAUCAAUCAGAAAGAUGGUAUGGUUGUAUUUCUGGAUAGCCCUGAGAAAUAUGCCUCCCCUGAGACAUUGUGUGUAUUGGAACAACAAAUGGCAGCCUGUACAAAACUACAUCAGUAUAUUCAGGAGAUGGAUGAACAGAUCCAAGUUAAUCCACAGUAUGUUAAGAAAUCUGCUGGAAGCCAUGAUGAGGACAUACCAGCCACGAGUCAGAAUUCUAAAACAACGUAUUCAAUGCCCACGCAAAAGAGGAAGAAUCCUAGAGGUAUUUUUCAUGAUAUUGAGAUCAUCAUCGACUAAUGGUUUAUGUACCUUCAUUUAGACCCCUGAGGCCGUGAAUUCGUGAAUUCGAAUCUGAAUCUGAUACCAGAAAAACUUCGUAUGUCAAUUUACAUUUCUGACUGCGGUUAUGGAAACAAUGAUGAGAAUGCUGAAUUUAUCUCGAAGACACUGUAGUAUCGCCCCAUGCCAUGUUGGAUUCGAAUUGUGUAUAUUUGAAUCCAAUAUUGCACAGGUGAAAAUAGAGUGAUGUUAAUCAAGUGCCUAGUGUACAAUACCUAUGUCUACUCCAACUGGUCUAUCAGUGAAGAUCUAACUUAUCCAUACUAUGUUGCUGACGCAAUGGAGAUAUUUAUCCUCUGAAUAAAAU